AUGACAAAGAAUUCCAAAAUGCCGGGCUUUCUCAGCAAGCUUUGGACACUCGUAGAGGAAAACCACGCUAAUGAGUUCAUCACCUGGAGCCAGAAUGGCCAAAGUUUUCUGGUUUUGGAUGAGCAAAGAUUUGCAAAAGAAAUUCUUCCCAAAUACUUCAAGCACAAUAUCAUGGCAAGCUUUGUGAGGUGACUCAUUACGUAUGGCUUCCGUAAAGUAGCACAUAUGGACUGUGGAAUUGUAAAGCAGGAACGAGAUGGUCCUGUUGAAUUUCAGCAUCCUUACUUCAAACAAGGCCAGGACGAUUUGCUGGAAAACAUUAAAAGGAAAGUUUCAUCUUCAAAACCAGACGAAAAUAAAAUUUGUCAGGAAGAUUUAACAAAAAUUAUAAGCAGUGCUCAGAAAGUCCAAAUAAAACAGGAGACAAUUGAGUCCAGGCUUUCUGAAUUGAAAAGUGAGGACGAAUCCCUUUGGAAGGAGGUGUCAGAAUUACGAGCAAAACAGACACAACAGCAACAAGUUAUUCGAAAGAUUGUCCGGUUUAUUGUUACGUUGGUUCAGAGUAACCAACUUGUGAGUUUAAAACGUGAAAGGCCUCCACUUCUAAACACGAAUGGAGCCCAAAAGAAGAAUCUGUUUCAGCAAAUAGUCAAAGAACCAGCUGAUAAUCACCAUCAUAAAGUUCCACACAACAGGACUGAAGGCUUAAAACCAAGGGAGCAGAUUUCUGAUGACAUCAUUAUUUAUGAUGUUACUGAUGAUAAUCCAGAUGAAGAAAAUAUUCCAGUUAUUCCAAAAACUAAUGAGGAUGUUACAUCUGAUCCUUCCAGCUAUAGCCAGUACCCUAAUAUUGUCGUUUUUGAAGACAACAAUGAAGAUGAGUAUGCACCUGUCGUUCAGAGUGGGGAUCAGAGCGAACCACCCUGUGAUGGUGGCUGCAAUGAUGGCAGCAGCCCACUAAUGUCUAGUGCUGUCCAGCUAAAUGGCUCUUCCAGUCUGACCACAGAUGAUCCCGUGACCAUGAUGGAUUCCAUUUUGAAAGAUAACAUCAAUCUUUUGGGAAAGGUUGAGCUGUCAGAUUAUCUUGACAGUAUUGAUUGCAGUUUAGAGGAAUUUCAGGCCAUGCUGUCAGGAAGACAGUUUAGCGUAGUCCCAGAUCUGCUGGUUGAUUCAGAGAAUAAAGGAUUAGAAACUACCAAGAACAAUGUAGUGCAGCCAGUUACAGAAGAAAGAAGAAAAUCUAAACCCAAAGCAGAUAAGCAGCUCAUCCAGUACACUGCCUUUCCACUUCCUGCAUUCCUUGAUGGGAAUCCCACUUCUACUGUUGAAAAGGGGAGCACAGGAUCAUCAGAAGUUAUGUCUUCUGUAGACAAACCUGUAGAAGUUGAUGAGCCCAUGGAUAGCAGCCUGGACCCAGAACCAGUCCAAAGUAAGGUUGUUCAUCUGGAGCCAUUGACUGAAGCUGUAGCAAGUGAAGCCACACUGUUUUAUUUAUGUGAAAUUGCUCCUGCACCUCUGGAUAGUGAUAUGCCACUUUUAGAUAGUUAAAUCCUCA